GUUUGCCCCGGAAGUGGCUGUCUUCAGCUGACAGCUGCUGAUAAGGUGGCGGCGGCGGCAGCGGCUGGCCUGGAGCAAGAUGGCGCUGCGGCCGGGAACGGGAUCUGGCGGCGUCGGGGCCGCGGGAGCUGGCGCGGGGACCGCCGGGGGAGGCAGCUUCAUGUUUCCUGUUGCAGGUGGAAUAAGACCCCCUCAAGCUGGCCUGAUGCCAAUGCAGCAACAAGGAUUUCCCAUGGUCUCUGUCAUGCAACCUAAUAUGCAAGGCAUGAUGGGAAUGAAUUACAGCUCUCAAAUGUCCCAGGGGCCUAUAGCUAUGCAGGCAGGAAUACCAAUGGGACCAAUGCCAGCAGCAGGAAUGCCUUACUUGGGACAAGCACCCUUCCUGGGCAUGCGUCCUCCGGGCCCACAGUACACUCCAGACAUGCAGAAGCAGUUUGCUGAAGAGCAGCAAAAACGAUUUGAACAGCAGCAAAAACUCUUAGAAGAAGAAAGAAAAAGACGCCAGUUUGAAGAGCAGAAGCAAAAGCUCAGACUUCUGAGUAGUGUGAAACCCAAGACAGGAGAGAAGAGUAGAGAUGAUGCUUUGGAAGCCAUAAAAGGAAAUUUAGAUGGAUUUUCCAGAGAUGCUAAAAUGCACCCUACUCCAGCAUCACACCCCAAGAAACCAGGUAAUGCCUAUAAGAAAAUUUUAGAAACCACAGUGACUCCAACUGGAAUAGAUACUGCUAAACUUUAUCCCAUUCUGAUGUCAUCUGGACUUCCCAGAGAAACUCUUGGACAGAUAUGGGCCUUAGCUAAUCGAACUACACCUGGAAAACUUACUAAAGAAGAACUUUACACCGUUCUCGCCAUGAUAGCAGUAACACAGGUGGUAAAGCCAGAAGAAGAUGACUUCCAGGAUUUUCAAGAUGCUUCUAAGUCAGGAUCUCUUGAUGACUCAUUCAGUGAUUUCCAAGAGUUGCCUGCUUCUUCAAAAACAAAUAAUGCCCAGCAUGGAAACAGUGCCCCUUCUUUGUUGAUGCCACUUCCCGGAACUAAAGCAUCAGCUUCAAUGGAUAAAUAUGCUGUUUUUAAAGGAAUUGCAGCUGACAAGUCCUCUGAAAAUACUGUUCCACUUGGAGAGCAUGGUGAUAAGUACAGUGCUUUCAGAGAACUCGAAAGGGAGACAACAGAGAAUAAACCUUUAGGAGAAAGCUUUGCAGAAUUCAGAUCUGCUGAUGAUGGUUUCACCGAUUUUAAAACAGCCGAUAGUAUAUCACCACUAGAGCCACCAACAAAAGACAAAACUUUUCCAGCAUCCUUCCCCUCAGGAACUAUACAACAGAAACAACAAACACAAGUGAAAACUCCUCUGAACCUAGCAGACCUAGAUAUGUUUUCCUCAGUUACUUGCAGCAGCGAGAAACCGUUAUCUUUUUCAGCUGCAUUCAGCACAUCAAAAUCAGUUUCCACACAACCACAGCCAACAGGUUCUGCUGCAACUACGACAACAUUGGCAUCAGCUAAAACUUCUAGUCUGGCUGAUGAUUUUGGAGAAUUCAACCUUUUUGGGGAAUAUUCUAGUCUUGCAUCUGUUGGGGAGCAGGAUGACUUUGCAGAUUUUAUGGCUUUCAGUAAUAGCUCUAUUUCAUCUGAGCAAAAGGCAGAUGACAAAUAUGAUGCCCUUAAAGAAGAUGCGAGUCCUGUUUCUCUAACCAGCAACAUGGGUAGCACAGCGAAGAGUGGACAAAACCCCACGGCCAUGUCCACCAAGUACGAUGUCUUCAAACAGCUUUCUCUGGAAGGAUCUGGACUAGGUGUUGAAGACCUGAAAGAUAACACUCCUUCAGGAAAAAGUGAUGAUGAUUUUGCUGACUUCCACUCCAGUAAAUUUUCUUCCAUGAACUCGGACAAAUCCCUGGGAGAGAAAGCAGUGGCUUUUAGGCACACCAAAGAAGACUCUGCUUCAGUGAAGUCCUUGGAUCUCCCUUCCAUUGGUGGCAGCAGUGUUGGCAAGGAGGACUCUGAAGAUGCACUCUCUGUUCAGUUUGACAUGAAAUUGGCUGAUGUGGGAGGAGAUCUUAAGCAUGUCAUGUCUGAUAGCUCUUUGGAUUUACCAACAGUUAGUGGCCAGCAUCCUCCUGCCGCAGCAGGAAGUGGAUCCCCCUCAGCUGCCUCAGUUCUUCAAAAGAGAGAGACUUCAUUUGGCAGUUCUGAAAACAUCACCAUGACGUCUCUCUCCAAAGCAACGACCUUUGCAAGUGAAGAUGCUCUUCCAGAGACUGCCUUCCCAUCUUUUGCCAGUUUUAAGGACAUGAUUGCACAGACCUGUGAGCAAAAGGAAUAUGAAAGCAGGGACUAUAAAGAUUUGGGAAGACAGGACCUGCCUACGGCUGAACGGAGCCAAGAGGCCUUGUGUCCAAGCCCAGCUUCCAGCAGUGCCUCUCACGAAACCCCCAAAGAAUGUUCAGAUGACUUUGGAGAGUUUCAAAGUGAAAAGCCCAAAAUCAGCAAAUUUGACUUUUUAGUAGCCAAUUCACAAAACAAAAUGAAAUCCAGUGAAGAAAUGAUCAAAAGUGAGCUGGCAACCUUUGACCUUUCUGUUCAAGGAUCACACAAGAGGAGUUUGAGCCUUGGUGAUAAAGAAAUAAGCCGUUCUUCUCCUUCUCCGGCUUUGGAGCAGCCUUUCAGAGACCGUUCCAACACUCUGAGUGAGAAGCCUGCUCUGCCUGUCAUCCGUGACAAGUACAAGGAUCUCACGGGAGAGGUAGAGGAAAAUGAGAGAUAUGCAUAUGAAUGGCAGAGAUGCCUGGGGAGUGCCCUGGAUGUCAUUAAGAAAGCAAAUGAUACCUUAAAUGGAAUCAGUAGUAGCUCUGUUUGCACAGAAGUAAUUCAGUCCGCUCAAGGCAUGGAAUAUUUAUUGGGUGUUGUCGAAGUGUACAGGGUAACCAAGCGUGUGGAGCUGGGGAUAAAGGCCACUGCGGUGUGCAGUGAGAAACUCCAGCAGUUGCUGAAGGACAUCGAUAAAGUAUGGAAUAACCUAAUCGGCUUCAUGUCACUCGCCACACUCACACCCGAUGAAAAUUCGCUGGACUUUUCCUCCUGUAUGCUGCGGCCCGGGAUUAAAAAUGCUCAGGAACUUGCUUGUGGGGUGUGCCUCUUAAAUGUGGACUCCAGGAGCCGAAAAGAAGAGAAGCCUGCAGAAGAACAUCCUAAAAAAGCAUUCAACUCAGAAACAGACAGUUUCAAGCUGGCAUAUGGAGGGCACCAGUAUCAUGCCAGCUGUGCCAACUUCUGGAUCAACUGUGUGGAACCAAAACCUCCUGGCCUCAUCCUGCCUGAUUUGCUCUGAAAAGCUCCUCUAUGAAGCACCAACCAUUUUGUUUUUUUUUUUCUUGUCACACCCCCUGGGGUGACAAGGGCCCCCAAGGGCCCAAUAAACAGAAUUCAAGUACUGCAUCCAUGAAUCUGUCUGAAGAAUUCCCCAAGAGGCAGGGUGGGGGGAGCGCUGUGGAGGGGCCCAGUCAUUCCUGCAGGGCCUUUGGUCCCUCAGUCCCACCGCCCGUCUUUGGGAUAGCGUGCAACAGCCCUACCUAAACCGCAUGUGGCACCAAAAGUUUGCUCACGUGUCUCUAGCUCUCUUAAGAUGUUUUAAAACAUGGACCACAAUUUUCUCUAUCUAAGGAAUGAUUUACUGCUGCAAUACUGAAACUGUGAAGAGUCGACAUUUGAAGAAAAAUAUUGUCGUGGGACUGGAAUUGGCAAGACUGUUUUGAGCCAGUGCUUAUUUAUUUCUAAAACACAUUUUGUCCUGUGAAGUAGAAUGCAUUUAUCCAC